GACUGGAUAUAAUCAAGGAGCCAAGUCACCUACGUUCAUGAGACGGGUCUUUUGCAUCAUCGACUUCAGCAAAGGCAGCCAUGAUGUCCUUUCGCUCCCUCGGCCUCGACACCCUUUGGGGGGCGGGACUCAGUGCUGCUACCAACGAGCUCACGGGCGGUGGUCAGCUCAGCAUCACCGGGGGCUUCGCACCUACCAGACUCUACGCCCUCAAAUAUCCCGGAUCUUCCGAACCAUUCGACGGCAAAUCCUGCGUCUUCCUCGCCUCCCAGAUCUGCCCCAAUAGCUUCACGCUCGACGACACCCCUAAGAGCGUCUGCAUCGGCAAAAGCCUCCUUGCCGGGAGACUUCGUCCUCAGGGAUGGGCUCGGUGUUUCUACCAAGGACCCUCAAUUCACCAUACUGCCCUCCCGGCUUCGAACACAAAGGCAAGCGCGCUGUCGCUGGACCCCGCGACCAACGUCUGUGUCAGCAAGGACAAGGACCCCUCCAGCCCCGACGGCACCACCCUCGACAAGGACAAGGUCAAGUGCAUCACGCGCUCGUGCUUCGUCAUGCUGGCCUGCCCCGACGUAUUUGACGACACGGCGCCAGCUAUCGGCGGCGAUGGUUCUCCCUCGCCGGCUGUCGGCAGUGGCACUCCCUCGAGUCCCCGCCGGCUGCUGUCGACAGUGGUUCCUCAACGGGUGCUGACGCUACUGCUUCCCCCUCGGCGGCUCCCUCGCUAGGUAAUAGUGGUACGACUCGCCAGUGAAUGAUGACGGCGGGGACGAUCUGGAACCAUAUGAUACCAAUCAAUUCGGGCUCUGAGGCUUUUCCAAACUACCCUGGUUUGACGUUUGUAAAUGUUCUUAUUCAACAUUUAAGUGCC